AUGGAGUUGCAAAUUCUGGAUCAAGCCAAACUUGAUGUAUCAGGAAUAUCUAUAUUUUCAACAUAUGAACGCCACAACCGGCCUUCAAUUACUACUCAUACUUUUCGCCCUCUUCAAAAUGGGGAGGCAAAUGCUUCAAUUCCCAUAGAUAUAGAUGGAUCUCCUGAAGAAUUUCCUGAUGAUUGCAGUGAAGAGGCAACACCAACUCAUAAAGCUUAUCCUCCUCCUUUGCCUUUGAGAGCUGAGGAAAUGGAAACAAGUGUUCCAACCAUUCCUCCAAAACCUCGUGUUUUGCAGCAACGAAAUGAAGGAUUGGCUUCACGAGCUAAGUGCAAUAUAGAUAACAGUCCUAUUUAUGUAAAUAUUGGUGAUAUAUGCAGUGCCUCUAACAAAGCUAAUGUCUCAAGUGAUUUGAAUAUUCAGGAUAACUUGAUAAAGGCCUCCUUUCAGAAGAGUUUAGCAGCUACUCUUGCUCAAAAUGCAGUUCAUCAGAAGCUAAAGGAAACUAUAACAUCCAGUUCUGAACUAUUACCAGGAACCAGUACAUUCCAAGGUAGCACUAAUCCAGUAACAUCUGCUUUUGAUGAAAGUGUAAAUAAUGCACAUGCACCUCCUCCACCAGUAAGACGUUCUUCUGCUACUAGACAGCCACCUGUUGUUCCACCUCACAGAACACUCAAAACCAAUGACCCAUCCACAAAAGAAUCAACUUCAUGGAAUGUCUUCAGUGAGUCUGCUGAUGGAUCGGAUGCGCAUGCACAACUGAUGAGAGCACUUAAUGCACGUCUUGAUGCUCUUCAAAAAGAUGAGGAAAUGGUAGCACCUGAUCGACUUCCCCCUCCACCACCUCCAUUAGAGGAGACAAGUCCUGAAAUACCUGCUCGACAAAACUUUCUGCGAACUGCUCCUGCAAAGAAACUUCCUCGUGUCCCAGAUAAGAAAAGUCUCCUUUCUGACUUAGAAUCAAAGUUGAGUCAUGGGGAACAUCAAGAUCAUAAAAGCAGUGCAGCAUCUAAAUUUCAUACUGCUCCAAGACCUCUAGAAACAAAAGCACAGCGUCGUGUUUCACAACCAACAUUCAGUGAACUUUUGGAUCAGUUUCCCAGGAAUCGUAAUUCAGUGGAAGAAAUGGUUCCAACCAAAAAGCUUCCUUUGCCACCAGAUCGCAGGAGCUCUUUGGAUUUAGAUCAUACCAAAUCUCACCGUGUUCUCACAUUUGAAGCAGGAGGAACAAAAGUGAGUACAGGAGAUGCUGCUUCUAGAGUACAAAAAUGGCUUUCAGGUCGUGGAUCUGUGGAUGUAUCUCAAUGCCAUGCUGAUUUGCUUGGAGAAAUAAGAGAAGGAGUAAGCUUGAGAAAGGCAUCUAGUGAUGAUCGUUCAGCUCCGAUGCUGCGUAAUCUGAGAGCUAGGCAUCCCAAGUAAACAGGAUUGUAUAAACAAAUGAUAUUUCAAAAUAUAUGGCAAAAAAAAAAGAAGAAAAUCUCUAAAAGUGAUAUGCCAGAUGUAGGCUAUAUAGUUAUAGUUAUUGGUACUCAUCCCUUAGAAACAAAAGCACAGUGUUUUGUUUCUCAGCCUGCAUUGGUCCUUUAAUUAUAGCUAUGUAGUUAUCUGUGUAUAAUUCUGACUGCUAAUAACAUUCCAUUUAAAGAAAAUAAGUUGUUAUAUAUUGACAUUUUAAAUGUGAUUUUUUGAUGAAUGACUUAAUAUCCUGUAGCUUCUUUUUAAAUACAAAUUGAAUUGCUACAUUCAUGUAUAUUAUCUCCAUUAUGUUUUCAAUUGAGUAUAUCAUUCUGGACUUGGCAAUAUAUAUGUUGUCUGUGCAUGCAUGAUUCCAAUACCUUGAAAAUAAUGCAGAUAGUAACAUGAGAAUUUAACACACACACAUAUAUAUAUAUAUAUAUUAGAUGAAUCAAGUAGGAGACUUGUGUAUAAUGUAUUUGAUGUAGAACAUAGUAAAUUAUUUCUACUGUGUUUAUUAUUUAUGAUCACAAAAGUACAAGAGAUAGAAUUCAAAAGGUUUUUUUUUUUUUUUUUUCCUUUACACAUUGAUCUGUGGGGAAUUCCUUGAUAUUGUUAUUAUUGUUUCAGAGUUUAAGCCAUUAAUUUUGUAAUAUGUAAAUAGCUAUAUGUUUAAUUAUUUCAUCACCAUUAAGGACAGUAUCUGCACGAGAUCAGUAUUCAGCUAAAGGGAAAGGAUGAAUAAUGGUAAUUGUAGUAUAAUUAUGUGACUUGGGUUCACAGAAUACUAAAAUUAAUUUUCUUUUCUUUUUUAAAGCAGUGGUCUCAAACUGGCAGGCUGCAUGCAACCAUGAUACAGUUUUAUACAGCCACCAAUACAUUUCAGUUAUGUAUUUGUUUUAACACCUUGCUUAUGGAUUUCAGUAUAGGAUAAAUUCAUUGCACAGUGCAUUGCAAUAUAGUAUUUAUUACAAAAAUAGAAAAACACUAGCAAACAUUUCUCUAGUUAUUACAUUCCAGCUGAGUUCGAAGCUGGCAGUGGCACACAACCAAAAGUACAUAUAUAAUGCAUAUAACAGCACUUUGAGAGACCCACAAAAGAA